UGUAAUAAAAAUAAUGAAAUAUAAAUAUCACAUUAAAUCAGAAUUCAUCUUAAAUGUGGAAAUCCAUUUACCGACGCCAUCUUCGGAAUCAGAUAUCAUUGCUUAAGAAGAUAAGAGCGAAGCAGACAUCACGCGUAUCUAAUCGAACAGUCAUUCUAUCGAAAGUCUCUUUCUCGACGAUUAUGGCAAAUGAUCAGGAUAUCGAGAAAUACUUUGAAUUCGCGAAAAAUCUAACGUUAGAAGCUGGACAGACGAUUAAAAACGUCGAUGAUACGGAUAAAAUCAUAAAAUCUAAAUCAAUAGGAAAAGAUCUGGUAACGAAUUUUGAUCACCAAAUCGAGGAAUUCCUGAUCAAUGCUCUUAGCAAGGAAUUUCCUGAUCACAAAUUCAUCGCGGAAGAAGCAACUGGUCUAUCGGAAUUACCAGAAUUAACAGACUCGCCAACAUGGUUAAUCGAUCCGAUCGACGGUACAGUUAAUUUCAUACACAAUUUUUCACAAUACUGCAUCUCGGUAGGUUUAACGAUAUGUAAGGAGGUGGUCCUAGGAAUCAUUUACAAUCCUGUUAGUUGCGAACUAUAUACGGCAAAAAAAGGCCAAGGUGCAUUUCUAAAUGAAAAACCUAUUCGAGUAUCCAAAAUAACAGAACUGAAGAAGAGUUUAUUGGCGUUUGAAGUGGGGAGUUUACGAGUACAGAAAAACCGUGACAUUGCUUGGGCUAGAUUCUUUGCUCUAUUCGACUCAUGUCAAACCAUUAGAAACGUAGGCUCAGCUACGUUAUCGAUGGCAUAUGUGGCUAAAGGCGUAAUCGAUUGCUUUCAAAUGGAUGGUCUUCAACCUUGGGAUGUGGCAGCAGGAAUGAUUAUAGUCACUGAAGCCGGUGGUACCUUAAUAGAUUCGAAAGGUGGACCUUACAAUCUAAUGAAACCAAACAUCAUAGUCGCGUCUACAGCGCAAUUGGCUUGCGAGGUGACGAAACUGAUCGUUGAUACAGAUUUGAAAACCCAAAGAAAAAGACUUCAACGAACUUGAUCGUAUUUUCUACUCACAUGUAAUAUUGUAAUAUUGUACAAAUUAAGAAAAAACAAAAUAAUUCUCCUAUCUCUAAACAUGUAAAUGUUCGAUUAAUAGUUUUGUGCGUCGUAACAAUACUGAAAAGCCAAUAAAAAGAAGUUAAGUGAUGAGAAAAAAAAAAGUUCCACGUGAAAUCGUUCCACGUGACGGGUCACGAGGUACAAUUAGGUAUGAAAUUUAUUCCUCGCAAAUGGUAUUACGUAAAUUUUAAUUACAUCGAAUCAAGAUAGAA